AUGACGCCGCCCAUGACGACGCACGCCAGCGUGGUGCUCAAUGCUUCGCUCACCUACCCGGCCAUCACGAAGUACAAUAUGGUGGACGUGACGAAGACAUCGCAUUGGGAGCACUUCCCUUACGACGAGGUGACCUUGCAGGAAUUCUGGGACGAGGCUACCUUCAACACCAGCGAAGUGCUCAUCUCCACUGCUCUGCACGAGCUGCCAGACAUCGUCAAAAUGUUUAAAAUGAAGUGUUAA